CGAUAGCGCUGGGCUGGUGCGAGCCUUGCAGAGAGGUAUUGCGGUGUGAGCCCGCUGCGCUCGUGAGGUCGCGGGGGCCGACACGUGUCUGAUUGACCUCUGUCGCUUCAUUGCGAGCCGUGACGGUCAUUGAUGGACCUUAUCUUGACCGCAGUCUUUGUGUUGUGAGGCGCCCGUACUUGCAUGAUGGCCACCGCGGACGUGACCACGCGACACUGGAGCAGCCGACGCUAUGAGAGCCGCCCACAUCAUCGAGGGAUGACGUUGAAUCGUGACCUCGCCUCGCUGUCAUUGUUGAGCGCGUCGAGAAGCCGAUCGAUCCCUAGGGAGAGAUCGACGACGAAAGACAGAAAGGAGAACAAGGCUGAGAGCGCCGGCCUGUGGCUGUGGAUGCACGUCAUGCGUGCGUCAAGACCGAGAGCUUCCUUCGCGAUGCGGGGCGCCGCCACCCCACCGGCGUCGAGUCGAGAUCGCCGAGGGCAAGCCCAGGCCAGACCCCAGGGGAAGGCAUGCUCUUCGCCGCUGCCCCCACCCCCGCCGUGCGUACGGGCUCCGGCGACUGCUAUUCUCGACAGACAGAUGCGGGCGGAGGGAUUAGGAUGGUUUGGCUGCCGCCAUCCCUGCCAAGAAGCCUAAUCAAAGAUGUUGGGGUACCCUGGGGUGGUGCACGAUAAGAUGUAAAGAUGGGUCACCUGAGCUGCGCGGGGGAUCAAAAGGUCACGCCUAUCGCUAAGCCACCAGGAGCGUCAUCUCGUACGCAUUAAGCCUUCAUCUUCUGUAUAGCAAGGAAUAGCGUUGAAGUGUCGUGUGCCGCCUCCCCCUGA